AUGGCAGACUUAGCUUCAUUAGAGAGUACGCAUAGGAUGAUUAAAGCAUCAUUUGACGCAAUUCAUAAAUAUAUCAGUAGCUUUAGUGAGGGCGGUAACAUUAAAACGUUAUCAGUACGUAAACAAAAAUUAGUCGAGAGAAGUCACGAUUGGGACGAAAAUUAUGUACAGUUGGAAGCAAUCAGUCCAGGUACGCAUACUGCUGAAUACCUUAAGUACUCAGAGCUUUAUUUUGAUAUGAUGUCGGAAAUAGAAACAAUAAUUGACCGACAUCAGAAACCUAUUGCGAAAGGUGCUCACGCUUCAAUAGAUGUGAAAUUGCCCGAUAUCAUAUUACCUAAAUUCAAUGGGGAAUAUAAUGAAUGGACAGCCUUUAUAGAUAUUUUCAAUAGUUUAAUUCAUAAUAAUUCUAAAUUAGCACCUGUACAAAAAUUGCACUAUUUAAGAGGUGCACUCACAAAUUCAGCUUCCAACUUAAUCUCCACAAUCAGUAUUUCUAAUGAGAACUAUGAUAUAGCUUAUGACCUCAUAGUUAAAACAUAUAACAAUAAAUUUUUGAUUAUUAAUUCGCACUUGCAGAGUAUAGAGAAUAUUCCAGCUAUUAAUAAAGGAAGUUUUGAAAAUCUGAGGGCCCUUUUAAAUAGUGCAAGACAACAGAUACAGUCAUUAAAGGUCCUAUAUGAACCUGCCGAGCAUUGGGAUGUAAUUUUGCUGUUCAUGCUGAGUAGGAAACUUGAUACUGGUACGAAGGUUGCCUGGAAUCUGUCUAGAACGUCAGGGCAGUUACCAUCCUUAGUGGAAUUUUUUACUUUUUUGGAACUUCGGGUAACUGCUUUGGAACAUUCGUGUAGUUCAGACAGCAAACCAGCGUCAACAAAGAGUGUUCAUACCAUUGUCAAGAGGCCUACACAGUCAUGUAUUCUUUGUAAAGGGGAGGAUCAUGCCUUAUAUAAGUGUUCCAAUUUUAAAUCAUUAGAUACAGAAGCUAGAAAGAGCUUCAUUAGUAAACAUGGGAUAUGUAUUCGUUGUUUGGCAUCUCGACAUAGUGUGGCUAAGUGCAGAUUCAAAUACACCUGUGGAAAAUGCAAAGCCUCUCACAAUACCUUGCUACAUGAGGAUCCUGAGCCUGUGCCCAGCACUUCUCAAAGUAGCACGGUUUGUAUGGCUAGCAACACAGGCGUACAAACCUUGUUAUCAACUGUUUCGCUUAUUGUCAUUGACGCGGAGGGAGCACAACAUACGGUGAGAGCACUUUUAGACAGUGGGUCUCAGAUAAAUCUAAUAACUAAUUCUCUUUUGGCGAAAUUGAAAUGUCCCAUUAACUCAGAGGUACAUAGACUGAGCGUUUUGCAAGGUCAAAGCUUUUUGUGCAAUAAGGCAGUAAAGUUGACUGUCAAAUCUAGGCUAGGUGCGUUCUCUAGAAACAUUAAUUGUGUAGUUGUGGAUAGAAUUACGCAUUCAUUGCCAUCUGUAUUUAUAGAUUAUGAAGGCUGGAAGAUUCCUGACAAUGUCUCGUUGGCAGAUCCGUCUUUUAAUGUGCCUGGCAGCGUGGAUAUGCUGAUAGGAGUAGAAUUAUAUUUUGAUGUUUUGCAGCAAGGAUGUAUUAGGCUAGGGAAUCAUCUUCCUAUUUUAAGGAAAAGCUCUUUCGGAUGGUUGAUUUCUGGUGUCUUUAAGGCAGAACUUCAAGGUAAUGUACACGUUGGUCUUAUUUCUAAUGAGGAUCUUCACAAUAGUUUGACGAAGUUUUGGCAGUUGGAAGAAAUUUCUUCAGACAAUGCCAUGACGGGUUCAGAUAAGCUAUGUGAAGAUCAUUUUAUGGCCAAUGUUGCACGCCUUGAAAAUGGCCAAUUUGAGGUAGCCUUGCCAUUUGUGGAAGACCAGGUCGAAAGGCUUGGAUCAUCAUUUGUUACUGCAAAACAUAGAUUCUUGAAUUUAGAGAGGCGGUUUGCUAGGGAUGUCAGCUUGUUUGAAGCAUACUCCAAAUUUGUAAGAGAGUAUAUUGAUUUAGGUCAUGCUGAACAAAUUGUGUUAACUCCGGAGGAAGCUGUCAGGAAUGAUUAUUAUUUUUUGCCUCACCAUCCAGUGGUAAAAGAUGGAAAUUUCAGUAAGAUACGAGUUGUGUUUGAUGCUUCAGCAAAGUCAUCUUCAGGUAUCUCGCUGAAUAAUAUCUUACACACUGGACCAAAAUUACAACAAGACCUUUUUUCCAUUUUAGUUAGGUUUCGGUGCCAGCAGUUUGUUUUUGUGGCGGACAUUGUCAAAAUGUACCGUCAGAUUAAGGUUCGAAACGAGGAUCAAAGGUAUCAGUUAAUAAUAUGGAGAGAUAAUCCCCAAGAGAUUUUGAAAUUUUUUAGGCUCACAACUGUGACAUAUGGCACGGCAUGCGCUCCUUACUUGGCUAUGCGGUGUUUGAAGAUGCUUGCUCAAAGCAAUUUGACAACAUAUUCAAGGGCUGCACAAGUUUUAGAUAGGGAUUGUUAUGUCGAUGACAUUAUCACAGGAGCGAACACUUCGGACGAUCUUGUUAGGAUACAAGGGGAGAUUGUCAGGUUAUUAGGUGAAGGUGGUUUCUCGUUGCACAAGUGGUCGAGCAAUUGCAGAGAGGUGCUGCAAGCAAUUCCUGAAAAGAAUAGAAGCUCAGCUGUAGCCUUGUUUUCAGAAGGAGAUACAGUCAAAACCCUUGGCCUCGCAUGGAAUCCUUCACAGGAUUGUUUUAAGAUCUCACAAAUUAAGGUUUCGGUUGCGGAGGCCCAGCAGGUUGUUGAUACCAAGCGGUCUGUGCUAUCAACUAUAGCACAGAUCUAUGAUCCAAUUGGGCUCGUAUCUCCUGUUACUGUUACAGCUAAGUUAGUUAUGCAGGAGUUGUGGAGGCAUAAUCUGGAUUGGGAUGAAGCAUUGUCGCGAGAACUGCAAGUUAGGUGGGAUUUAUUUAAAAAUCAUUUGUCGGAUCUUGAUAACCUGACUAUUCCGCGUUGUGUGUUCCAUUCGGUUCCUGUGGAUAUACAAUGCCAUGGGUUUUCAGAUGCAUCGUUGCUUGCAUAUGGGGCGUGUAUAUAUCUUCGAGCAACAUAUGCAGAUGGAACGGUGUCAUCUCAUUUACUGUGCUCUAAAUCAAAAGUAGCACCAUUGAAAAAUGUCACACUGCCAAGGUUGGAGUUAUCUGCGGCUUUGUUAUUAGCAAAGCUUUAUAAGCAGAUAACAACAAUAUCGGACAUUAAAAUCUCUGAGACCUUCUUGUGGUGUGACUCAACUAUUGUUCUUGCCUGGUUGAAGACGGAUCCUUCCCUAUUGAAAAUGUUCGUGAGCAAUAGGGUUGCGGAAAUUUUAGAUCACACGCCAGGCACAGUGUGGAGACAUGUCUGCAGCAAAGAUAAUGCGGCCGAUAUAGUAUCCAGAGGUGUGAAAACACCGUCAGAAUUAAUUGGGUAUAAUCUCUGGUGGCAUGGGCCAGCUUGGUUGUUGCAGGAUCCCACUAAUUGGCCUCAGAGGUUUGUUGAGACUGGCACAGAAGCAAUUCCAGAGCGACGAGUAUUAACAGCAACGACUGUUACUGCUUAUAAUGAGCAUUUGAAGUUAGUGUUAGAAAAAUGUUCUACCUUCAAUAAAGCAGUAAGAGUGGUUGCUUAUUGGAUUCGGUGGCCAGAAAUGUGUCGUCCAGAUAGGGGCUCCAGGCGUUUAGGGUCAUUGUUAGUUGACGAGAUAGAGAGGGCCUCUAGGCGCAUUGUUUAUUUAGCACAAAGAGAGGUUUUUGGCAAUUUGGCUGAUCAGUUAAGUUCUGGUAACCAACUUGACACCAACUUCAGCAAGCUGAAGUCAUUAAAUCCUUUUGUGGAUGCCGAAGGCUUGCUUAGAGUAGGUGGAAGGUUGGAAAACGCAGACGUAAGUUACGACCAGAAACAUCCCAUUAUAUUGCCGAAAAACCAUUUAGUGACUGACCUUCUAACUCGCUCGGAACAUGAGAGGUUAUUGCAUGCUGGCACACAAACAACAUUGGCAAACAUAAGACUUAGGUAUUGGCCUAUUGACGGACGAAACACAGUAAAACGAAUUAUUCAUAAGUGUGUGAAAUGCGCUAGAUUCAGAGCAGCCAGUACUGAACAAUUAAUGGGAAGCUUGCCUAAGGAUAGGGUCACUGCCUAUCGACCUUUUCAGGUGGUAGGGGUUGAUUUUGCAGGUCCAAUUGAAUUAAGAUCCAGUAGAUUAAGAAAGGCUCCGCGCAUUAAGGCAUAUAUUUGUUUGUUCGUCUGUAUGGCCACUAAGGCAAUUCAUAUUGAAUUAGUGACAAGUCUUUCUACAGAAGCCUUCAUGUCAGCUUUGCGACGCUUUAUUGCACGGCGCGGUUGUUGCUCCGUGAUCCAUAGUGACAAUGGGAGAAACUUUGUUGGUGCCAAAAAUGAGUUACGGCAAUUAGCCACAUUAUUUCAAUCUGAGAUGUCCAAACAAGAAAUCAUUUCGUCGUCUGCUCGGUUGGGGAUAACGUGGCAAUUCAUACCCUCUCAUGCACCCCACUUUGGAGGUUUAUGGGAGGGAUCUAUAAAAGUGAUGAAGCAUCACAUUCGUAGGGUUAUCGGGUCGCACUGUCUCACGUUCGAAGAGUACAUGACAGUAUUGUUACAGAUCGAAGCUGUACUUAAUUCGAGACCACUUCUUACCCUCACAGAUGAUAGCUCUGAUAUAUCUUAUAUUAGCCCCGGUCACUUUUUAAUUGGUAACGCCCUAACAUCUUUUCCAGAACCAUAUAACGAUAUUGCAAAUGUCAAGGCAACUAAAUUAUUCAAACAAAUAGCAGAGAUGAAAGAUAAGUUCUGGUCUUUAUGGUCGAAACAGUAUUUGUCAGACCUUCAAAAAAGACAAAAGUGGUCAAAAGAACGGCCAAAUAUUGAAUUAGAUACAAUAGUUCUAUUGAAAGAGGACAAUGCGCCUCCAUUACAUUGGCCUAUUGGCCGUAUAAUAGGUACAAGUCCUGGACUUGAUGGCAAGGUUAGAGUAGUUCAAGUUAAGACUAGUAGUGGUGUUUAUACCCGCUCAAUUACUAAAAUCGUCCCUCUACCUUGUCAUUAG